CCCUUGUUGAAGAAUUCUGACUUAGAUGAACACUGAAGACAACUGUGUGUGUGUUGACAUUAAAGCACCACGCUGUAUGUUAUUGCAGAGUGUUUCAUAAUGCUACCAACAGUACUGAGCUGCUCAGUGAGCUGGGUACAGGUGUGUAUAACAGCAUCCUAAAUGCCGUAGAAAAGGCAGAGUUGGCAGCAAAUCAGUCCAGAGAGGCUGCGGAUGAAGCCUUAAAGGAUGUGAAGGAGGGAGGCCUGGUCAACAGGGCCGCAGGACUCAAAAAUAAUUCAACUCGUUUACGUACAGAAGCCAACGAGACUCAGAGUGACUUCAAAAUGCUGUUGGCUAAAGUGAACACCGUCAAAGGCCGCAUGAAUACGCAGAAGGAAAAAGGAGAAUCACUGAGAAUGGGCAUCCCAACCGUUAGUGACAACCUCAAAAAGAUCAGAAGAGAUGACACAGACGUUCUGAUAGAGUCCGCGAAAACAACUGCAGCUGCCUCUAACUCCACAAUCAGUAAUAUAACAGAGAGACUGAGAAAUAUCAGUCAGAAAUUGGAAAGAAUAACUCUGACCAAUGUCAGUGUAAAUAUAGAUGAUAUGUUGGUUGAUGCAGACCAGGCAUUGAAGAACUUGAACACAGCCCUUCCUGUGUUGAAGGACAAAAUCACACAAGUUGAGGCUCUCAGUGGGAAGAUGCCUCCUACUGCCAACAUGACAAAAAGCAUCAGGAGAAUCAAGGAUGUGAUAGAGGAGACAAGAAACUUUGUUAAUAGGCUCCCAGUUGCCACCACUUUCAACGGAAAAGGUCACGUUGAGCUUCGUCCUCCGAGAAACCCUGAAGACAUAAAAUCGUUUACAGCCGUCGAUAUGCUUCUCAAUCGCCAUCAAAACAAUCCCUCCAAGGCUGACUUCAGACGAAUGCGACGCCAGAACAAACACACAGAUUCCAGCGUCUUCGUUUUCUACCUGGGCAACAAGAACGCCUCUGGAGACUACAUUGGGAUGGCUAUCAGAAACAAUGUGUUGAUUUGUGUCUACAAGCUGGGUGGAGUUGUCCAUGAGGUGGAAACCAGCCAAAUAAAAACAACCACCAAUGUGAACUCCUCAGACUUUGACAGGGUUGUCUUCCACAGAGUUUACCAAGAUUCUGAAGUUAACAUCACACAGAACUUCACAUCACAGAAGCCAGUCAGCCUCACUCCUAAACGUAACCUUCCAAACACGACGACUGGCAUCCACAAACUGGAUCCAGACAGUCUUGUUUUCUACGUGGGCGGCUAUCCUGAGGACUUUAUGCCUCCAGUGGAGCUGCAUUACCCCAAGUACAAAGGAGCGAUGAAACUUUCCUACAUAAAUGACAAUCCUGUUUGUCUGUUCAACUACAAGCACGCAGUCAAUAUGGAUGCAAAGCAGCCUAUUGUGAAGAUUCCCCAGUCAGAGGUGUCUGAUUAUUAUGAGGGAACAGGUUACCGCAUGGCAUUCAUAAAGGAGCCGGACAAGAGAAAGAAAAGACUGUUCAAAUUUCACACAAACAGCCGAGAGACAAACGCCUUGCUAUUCUACAUCGGAAAUGAAGAGUCUUUUUUCUGUGUGUUUGUGGAGAGAGGCUUCCUGGUGCUUCAAGGACAGCAAGCAGGCCGGGAGCUCAGAGUUCAGAGUGCUGAAAAAGUGUCUCUGUUUGACAAACACUUUGCAAUUACUAUUGCAGACAGGUUUAUUGUGCACUACGGACCACAGCAGGUCUCCACAGAUCACAAUCGAACAAACUUCAUGAGUUAUUACAUCGGGGGUCUACCGUCACAGCUCAGACAGAGACAUGACAUCACAGCUCCACCGCUGAGAGGAUGCAUGGAUCACCUGACAGCAGACGCUGAGAUCGUAAAGUACAACAGGACGAUUGGCGUCAGCGAUGGAUGUCCGGUCUCACUGCUGGGUGUUCGUUCAGCUACGUUGUAUUCAGCUCUGUCUGUUGAUUCCCCGUCUGUCUGGGGCGAACAGCCAGUCAGAGUCUCUCUGGGCUUCAGGGGCACAGACGGACAUGGUGCUCUUCUCAGGAGCAGCUCUCAGGGCUCCAUCUCUGUCCAUGACCUGCAGCUGUCCCUGGCUGAUGGCUACGUAGUAUUUAAUAGUGAUAAUUAUACCUUGAAGUCGGAUAAAAGGUACAAUGAUGGAAGCUGGCACUACUUGUCUGCAGUAUGCAGGCCAACAGGGCUGGAGCUCAGCAUCGAUAAUGUAAAAGUGAUUCAGGGACAAUCUCCCCAUAGCAGGCCAGUGGAUCAACAUUUGCAAGGAGGGAAAUUUAAAGGCUGCAUCGCUAACCUCUACACAAGGAGGCCUGAGCAGAGCUUUAUACCUGCCGAUCUAAGCUCAUUUUCACAAACGGUAGACGUAGUCCUUGGCCUGUGCAGUCUCCAUCCGCCACCACAUACCGAGCUGCUACCAGCACCCGUGUUGAAAAAGCCCAAGAAACACAAACCUAUUCAGGCUCCGGCAGGCAGCCAGUGUAAACCCCAGCGAGCACACCGGGGUGAAUGGCAGCUCUCUGGGGAGCACAGCUGGCUCAGUUACACCCUGCCACAACAGGACCUCAAUCACAGGCCUCACUUCUCCCUUGACGUAAAGACCAAGACGUCCAAAGGGCUGAUCCUCCAUGUAGCCGGGAGAGGAGUCAUCCCCCUGCUGGCUCUGUACAUGGCCAAUGGCAAGAUCAAGAUGUCACUCGGGCAAAACAGAAUCAUCCAGCACAAGCAGAAGAGCAACGACGGGAACUGGCACAGAGUUGAGUUCAGUGUGGAGAAGAGCACUUUUCAUCUGCUGGUUGACGGGUUCCGUGUGACUGAUGGACAUCUGCCAAACAACGAGGGAUCAUCUUUAGACCUGCACAACCCUGCGUAUCUGGGAGGUGAUCCAAAAAGCAAAACCACAAAAGGACACAACAUUCCCAUGAACAGUGUUAUUGGUUGUAUACGGGAGUUCAAAAUGAAUGAGGUCGUUAUGGUGGACCUUGAGGCAAGCUACAAAACUUUACCCUGCUUGGAUGGGCUCGCAGAGAUCGGGACAUACUUUGGCGGCGGUCACAUCGUCUUGGAGAAUUACUUCACCAUUGGCUCUGAGUUUGUGUUGGCCUUCGAGCUGCGUCCUCAAUACCUGACAGGUCUUCUCUUCCAUGUGCAAAGUCACAAGGCCAGCCUUAAUGUCUUUCUAAUGGAAAACAAGGUGGGUGUCAGAAUGAAUGAUGGUAACAGGGCUGUCAGUGUCUCAGUGACUCCUCGUGAAAGCCUCUGUGAUGGAAAGUUUCACCAGGUUACAGUGUCCGAACAACGUGACGUUAUCAAACUAGUGGUGGACUCCAUUUCUCAGCAGAAAGCCGUCCCCUUCACCUCCACAUCAACAACACUGGAUACACUUUACAUAGGAGGGACAAGAAAGCAGAACCGAGCCCCCGUGCCCUCGCCAUUUGUGGGCUGCUUACGAAACGUGAAGCUUAAUGGAAGACCGGUUGCAUUUGAGACAGGAUCCAGGGUGGUUGACCCUGUCAGCAUUAAUAGUUGCCCUGCAGACUAAGGCCGUGUCAUUAAUGGGUGACACACCAACUUAUUUAACCGCACAGACCCUUUGGCAUCAUUACAAAGUCAUAUUAUGCAGACAGGCUUAGUUAAAAACCCACAGAAAUUAAUUAAGCUACUGUUGCUACACCUGUCAAGCUUUCCAUUUUCGCACAGCACAUGUGCAGUAUAUAAUUACAGGUCAGAUUUACCACUCAAAGUAACUA